AAUUAAUAAGAGUAAAAAAUAUCACAAUUUGAACAUGGCGAAAUCGCAGGCGACCAAAUCGCCGUCGUCUGGUUCAAACGCAGCUUCAUGCGUUGUGGCUACAAUCUUCUUAAUCUUCGUGAUCAUCAUAGUACUGAUAAUCUUCUUCACAAUAUUCAAACCUAAGAAUCCUGAAAUCUCCGUUAACGCCGUCCAACUUCCCGUCUUCUCCUUGGUUAACGGCACCGUUACUUUCACUUUCUCUCAGUACGUCUCCGUCAAGAACCCUAAUUUGGAUGUCUUCACUCACUACGACAGUUCUUUUCAGAUCCUCUACGCCGGCGUUCAAGUCGGCGUUCUUUUUGUUCCCGCCGGGAGAAUAGAAGCCGGUCGGAGUCAGCUCUUCACGGCAACCUUUUCCGUCAGAUCAUUUGCAAUUGGGGGAAGAGAUUCAACCGUGGAGAUUGGGCCCAAGUUAACAAAUGGUUUGGUUGGAUCUAGGAUCGGGCCGGGUAUGGAGAUUGACUCGAGAUUGGAAAUGUCGGGUCUGGUUAGGCUAUUGCAUUUCUUCUCUCAUCAUGUUGAGGCUAAGUCCGAUUGUAGGAUUGGAAUCUCUGUUAGUGACGGUUCUAUAAUGGGAUUUCGUUGCUAAAAAGUUAAUUUGAUUAAAAACAUUAUUAUUUAGAAUUAU